CUCGACCGAUUCAUUCAUUCACCGUGUUUAGUGCCCUACGGACUUCGGCGGACAAAGCUCUGUUUUAAAAUGCCGUGUUGUGCAAUUAUAACUUGUCAUACAAAAAGUCAGACCUCAAGUAUAGAGCGAGGAGGUAUAUCUUUCCAUCGGUUUCCUAAAGAACCUAACGCCAAGGAAAAAUGGAUUGACGUGACAGGUAGAGGAAACUGGAUGCCGACAAAGAAUAGUACUAUUUGUUCUAAACAUUUUGCGGAAAAAGAUUUUAUCAUAAAAAAAUCAGGGUAUAGGUAUUUAAAACCGGGGGCAAUCCCAAGAAUAAAAAUUGUUCAGAUUUGUUCAAGUUAUUUGUCGGAACCAGAGCAAACUCAGGGUGGUGGAGGUGGUGAGGGUGUAGCACCAGCAUCAGCGCCUAGUGAGGAACAACCAACGUUCGUAGUUGUAAAGAUAGAAACGUUCGAGCCUAUCUCAGCCGAUGCUGAAACAGAGCAGCCCGAAGGAACAGAGAAGGAAGCCUCAGCAGACAAGCCGGUUGAGAACAAUCAAACAGAAACAAAGGCUGGCAACACUGAUGACGUCAUCGACAAUAACGCACCGGCCAUCAAAAUUGAGGGAGACUGGCAGCAAAGGGAGAAGGAGCUCCUCGAGAAGAUCAACGAGCUGGAGAAGGUGAAGAGCGACACGGCCGAGAGCGGACUCCGCCUCGAGCUCAAGGUGAAAGAGGAAGAGAUAGACUUGCUCAAGGCGAGGGUCAAGAACUUGGAGACGGAGUUGCAGGCGGCCCUGGCCAAGCCCGGGGGGAAGAACCAAGACAUCAUCAACAGCAUCAAGCUGCAACACGAGGAGCUCCUCAGCAAAGCGAGAGGCAUGAUCUUCGACAAGACGAAGCUGGUCAAGAAUCAGGAGUUGCAGAUAGAAGCUCUGACCACGCAAGUAGCGUCGCUGAAGGACAUCAACCAGAUCACUAAGGAUCUGCUGGAGAUCAGGAAUUCUGAAGUUAAGGCCAUGGAGGACCGCUUCCAAGCGAUGGAGGCGCGCUACAAGGCGGAGAAGGAGCGGUACGACCUGGUGCUGAAGCGCGCCCAGACCAGCACCACCAUCAACGACGACCUCAAGAAGGAGUACGAAACUCAACUCGCUAUAUUUAAGGAAUUGAGAGAGAAAUACGAACAAAGAGUGAAAGCUCUAGUCGCUGAAAACGAGAGGCUGAAAGCUCCGACUCAGGGCGGAAGCUCGACGUGAUCCUGUUACAAAGAUUAUUUGCAAAGACUGUCUUGUUAGAUUGCAGUUUUUAUGAUUACGAUUUUUUUUCUUAUAAAUGUAUUUGAUGAUUUUAUAUAUUUUUUUAAUGAGACAAAUAAAUUAAA